AUGGCGACCCCAUCACGACCAGCGCCGCAUGCUACCAAUGGCAUCCACACUCCAGAACAUGCGCGCCAGCAUACUCGGGCGCAAAGUUCAUUUCGCGGCUGCUCCAGAAUUUCGGAUUAUGAGGUCAUGGGGAAAAUCGGAGAGGGUACAUUCGGAGAAGUACACAAAGCCAAAUCAAAAAAAACUGGCAUGGUUGUUGCUCUGAAAAAGAUCCUGAUGAUCAACGAGAAGGAUGGAUUUCCAAUCACAGCUCUUCGCGAAAUCAAAACCCUUAAACUCCUUUCGCACGAGAAUGUCUUGAGUCUAGAGGAGAUGGCCGUCGAGCACCCGCAGAAGAAUACCGAUAAGAAGAAGAAGGCCAUUAUGUACAUGGUCACUCCCUACUUCGACCACGACUUAUCAGGCCUCUUGAAGAACCCAAAUAUUCAUUUCACGGAACCACAAAUUAAGUGUUAUAUGCUGCAGCUACUCAAGGGGAUGGAAUUCAUUCACAACAACAACAUUCUUCACCGAGAUAUCAAAGCUGCAAACAUAUUGAUCAACAAUAAAGGUAUACUUCAAAUUGCCGAUUUUGGUCUGGCGCGACACUAUAAUGAGCCUGUGCCAGUCGCAGGAAAGGGGAAUGGAGAAGCAAAAGCGCAUUAUACUGUGGUGGUGGUUACAAGAUGGUACCGUCCCCCGGAACUUUUUUUGGAACUGCAAAAUUAUACUCCAGCGAUUGAUAUUUGGGGAGUCGGUUGUGUCUUUGGCGAAAUGUUCCUCGGAAAACCAAUUCUUCAAGGCGAGAGCGAGGAGCAGCAGCUUAAACUCAUUUUCGAUUUGUGUGGCACUCCUAACGAGGAAAACAUGCCUGGAUGGAGACUGUUACCCAAAGCUCAGGGACUCAACUUCAGCCCACCACGCCCUUCGACGUUAGCACAGAAAUUUCGAGAACAAGGCUCAGGAGCUAUUUCUUUAUUACAGGAAUUGCUUAAACUCGAUUGGAAGAAGCGCACCAACGCGAUCGAUGCAUUAAAACAUCCAUACUUCAAGAACUCUCCUUUACCGCUAGACCCGCACGACAUACCAAUUUUGGAAUCAUCACAUGAAUUCGAUUCAAAGCAGCAUCGGGGCCAAAAACAGGCCCCACCACCUCCUAAGGGAGGCGAUGUAGGCAUGGGACCGGAUCAGUGGGACCGAAAUGGAAGCGGGCAAGGAUAUGAUAACUACUCCAGUAAUCGAAGUCACCAAAACGGUCGCUACCCUCCCCCUCCUCCCACACAUGGUGGCUACAGAAAUAGUGGCCCACCGCAUCAGCAAUACGAUGACCGCAAACCAGCUUGGAGAAGAGACGAUCGAGGUUUACCACCACGACCACCACCGCCCACUGAUUUCGCUUACGAUGGUGGAAGAUCAGAUUCACAUGGUCACCGGUCCAGAUCUCAAGAUAUAGAUGGCCGUGGUCAUCGUGAUCGUGAUCACGCGUCUCUUCCUCGCAGUAGAGCUGGAGGCGGUGGUGGGAAUAUCGAUACGUAUAUCCCAAGUUAUAACACGAACAGACGACCAAGAGAUGACCGUCCGCCCCGAGAUGAUCGUCCGCUGCCACGAGAUGACCGUCGAGACGAUCGUCCACGACAUAGUAAUGGAACUAGACACGACUACGAUAAUCGAGGUUCCCGAGAACCUCGCGAUAGUCGUAGUCGUAGUCCCAAUCAUGAUCGUGGGCGAGAUCGAUACAGGGACCGAGAGCCGAUAGGAGAUCCUUAUGCGCAUCGUCGUUAA